AUGCAUCUGCUGUCGCUGAAUUCUCAUGCCUCUCUCGUGCUCCUCUGUGCCCUCCCGUACUCCUCUUUCCCCUCCCGUACUCCUCUUUCCCCUCCCGUUCUCCUCUUUCCCCUCCCGUACUCCUCUUUCCCCUCCUGUACUCCUCUUUCCCCUCCCGUACUCCUCUUUCCCCUCCCGUACUCCUCUUUCCCCUCCCGUACUCCUCUUUCCCCUCCCGUACUCCUCUUUCCCCUCCCGUACUCCUCUUUCCCCUCCCGUACUCCUCUUUCCCCUCCCGUACUCCUCUUUCCCCUCCCGUACUCCUCUUUCCCCUCCCGUACUCCUCUUUCCCCUCCCGUACUCCUCUUUUCCCUCCCGUACUCCUCUUUCCCCUCCCGUACUCCUCUUUCCCCUCCCGUACUCUGCUGCACGUCCUAUGUGCCCAUCCCGUGCCCCAUCGUGUUCCAGGUGGGAACCAAGGACCCAGAGCUAGUGGCGGUGUGGAUGCAAGCCAUUCGGGAGACAAUAGAACAUAACGUGGCGCCCACAAUCAGAAUGCCGUUGACCCGCCCCACCAGCACCAACAGCCUAUCAGACGAGGAGGAGGGAGAAACGCCACCGCACCCCAACAUGAUGACCUCCUGCCGUGAUUCCAUGGACAGCAGUGAGCCUUUUGAUGGGGAUGGGGAUGAGAUGGCACGAGAUGACUUGCCAACACCGCAGCGACUUCUGCUCGAUAGAAGAGGCUCCAUUGGCUUCGGGCCUCCUAUGGAGCUGGGCGGCAUGCUCGAGGCCAUGGUGGCAAUGCGCAGUGCGUCAACGGCGUCAGGCAUCGCAUCCGACGGCUCCUGGCGCCUCAUCAAGCUAUCCAACGGGCUGCGUUUCUUUGAGGAGUUGAACGAGGAGCGCGGGCAGGCGGGCAUGUGUGGCAGCCUGCCGUGUCUGAGCGCCGUGGGAACGGUGGACGCCCCCAGCGAUGCCGUCUUUCGACUCGUGCUCGACCUCUCCUCCUCGCGCAACGAGUGGGACGUGGCAUACGGAGGAGCACGAAUGGUAGAAGCUCAGGACGGUCACACAGACUGCAUCCACUACCGCUUCCGACCGCUCCCAGUCGGCUUCGGCCCCUUCACCCUCACAGCGCGCGACGUGUGCCUGCGGCGCUACUGGCAGCGCACGGCCGACGGGUGCUACGUGGUGCUCUAUCAGUCCAUGGAGCACCCCCUAUGCCCGCCUGUCAUGGGCUGCGUUCGCGCCAAUCUCACCUACGGAGGGUUUAUCAUCGCCCCAGCGGGGCCGUCGGCGAUCGGACGGUCGGUAGUGAUGCACGUGUUGCAGAUGGAUGCAAAGGGGUUGCUGCCGAUGUGCAGCGGUGUUGCGACCGAAGUGCAUUUUUACCUGCUGUCGAGAGUUGCAGGCAUUCGGGAGUUUUUCGCGCAGACGAGGGGGGACUCGCUGGCUGCGCUGCUGGGUCUGAGGGACACGCAGCAGGCUACAGCUGCUGCUACAGCCGCGGCUGUAGCGGCUGCAGAAGGGAGGGAGCUUGGAGGGGGUGGGAGGAAGGGCAGCAGGCGGGAUCGGGAGGACGGGCGGAUCGGGCCGAUACCAGAAGGGGGAGGGGAGGGGUUUGAUGAGCUAGGUUCCCGACCCUCCACCGGGUCUCGACUAGCUGGUUCGGCAAGGGCGGCAGGUUCGGUAGACCCUUGGGCAUGGGCGUACAAGACUGGAAACCUGGCCCGGGGGUCGCCGAUGGGGGGGAUUAACUGCUGGAGCGAGGCGGAGGUUCGGAACUUUACAGUGCGGUCGAAGAGCUAUUUGAGGGAUAAGAUGAAGCAGAGUGCGGGGCAGCCGGGGAUGGCGCUGGUGGCAGUGGAUUGGCUGAAGCGCGUUGAGAGGAUUGACCAUGUGGUGGAGCUGAAAAGGACUCCUGUGCAUGGCAUGCGCGAGCUGAUGGCCAGCAGUGACGCCUCGUCGCGGCCAUACUUCUUCAUUGUGAAUAUGCAGGUGCCGGCAGCGCAGCAGUACAGCAUGGUGUUCUACUGGGCCAUGGAGGAGCCGCCCACAGAUUCAUCCAUGCUGGGGCAGUUCAUCAACGGGGAUGACAUCUUCCGCAACACACGCUUCAAGCUCAUUCCCCGCAUCCACCAGGGCGCAUGGGUGGUGAAGAGAAGUGUGGGGACGACGCCGCUCAUCAUUGCUGGUGCUCUCACUGUGCAAUAUUUCAAAGGACCCGACUACUUUGAGGUGGAUGUGGAUAUUGGGUCAUCAGCUGUGGCCAAUGGGGUGGUGAGAUUCGUGCUAGGAUACGUCCGUACACUCAUCAUCGACAUGGCAUUCUUAAUCCAGGGAAACACAGACGCGGAGCUCCCGGAGAAGCUUCUAGGAACCAUUCGCAUUUCACAUCUAGAGCCAAACGCAGCGUUAGACAUGGACCUUGACAAUCCAGAGCCACCCCCUCAUCCUGUCUCUCCCCAUGAAGAUCCUAAAUCUUGA